UAUAAUGCUGAGCACCUGGCAAGGGGAACCGAAAGACAGGCCAACCUUCUCUGAUCUUGUGGAGCUCCUUGGAGAUCUGUUACAAGCCAAUGUCCAACAGGAUGGGAAAGACUACAUUCCUCUCAGUAUGUUGCAGUGUACAGAAGACGACUUGUGUUUUUCCCAGCCGCAUUCAUCCAUGUCUCAUGGAGAUGAUAAAGGGUCUAAAUCAAGAUUACGAUGUGACAGUAUAGGACCCAGAUACUAUAACUGUGUCUCUUUUUCUGGACAUAUAACUGGAGAGAGUCAGAUUAAGUGCCCUUCAAGAGUGAAAACAUUUGAAGAUGUCCCAUUGGAAGAGACAAUGAAGACCAUGCAAAAUGACAACCAGACAGACAGUGGGAUGGUCCUGGCAUCUGAAGAGCUUGAGAAGAUAGAGACCAAGCAUAAAAAACAAAUGGUGUUCAGAAAACCUUCAAGUAAACACACAGACGUGGUCUCGGAGUUUUGCAGACAGCCAGAUAGGUGUAGAUGCAGAUCAGCCCUGCAUUCUGAGGCCUCAGGGCAGACCAUUCACAGCAAUGACUAUGGACACCUCUUGCACGGUGCUCAGGAGCAUGAGGGAUGGAGUACACAGCCCAUGGAUCCCAUUAGUCCAGAAAGCACCUCCAGCUUCUAGUACCCAACUCCCAUGUGAAGAAUUUCCACAGGACUUAUAGUUCACUGUACCAGUCCAAUGCAUAAUUUUAGACUUUGCUCAAAGAAUAUCUUGCUCACUGUAAACAGGUCUUCAACUGCAAGUGACAUGAAGUGACUAACUAUCAAGCAAACCAAGGAGGUGGAAUUUCAGCUAUCUUCCCAGUUGCAAAAAUUCAGUUGUUGUACAAACUGUCCAAUUUUCAAUUGCUGUUAUUUACCUGCAAAUGGAGGCUUGGCUGUUUCUACAACUAGCUGGCUGGGAAUAAGUUUGAAACCUACCCCAACUGUGUUGGAGGACUUUAGCUUUCCCAAAAAGAAACUAUAUAUAACCAGAUUUAUAAUUACGACAUUAUUCAAAGAAUCCUUUUGAAAGUCUGUUGUUUCCUUUUUUACAUUUUUUUCUCUAGUUUUAUUGUCAAUUCACUAGAAAUCUGUGUAUUUUGACACUACGAUAUAAAAAAUAAUAGAAUUUAACAAUGAACAUUUAAAAGUUGCUUGUAUACAGGUUCCUUAUACACUGGGGUCAGGGCAGGAAUACCCAAAUCAUCAGUGUCCACCAUUUAUUGUGAAAUUGUUAAUGUUUGUAUAAAGAACGUCUGUGUGAUUUUGUAUUAAGCAGUGAGCAACCGAAAUCUUCCCUCCUUGAGAAUAUUCAAGUAAUUUCCUUUCUGAAAUGUUAAGGUUUAGAUAUUCAGAUGUUCAAUGUUUGUGUCCAAGACAGUCUCACUCUUUCCCUACAAGAAUCCCUUUCAGCUGAGUGCCACAUUCCCCAAAUCUGUACCUGUGCUAUCAAUUUACUGGACUGUCUGACACUGUCUGCUAAACUACAGAACAGACGUCAAUACACAGAAAAGAAUAUGCAUAUCUGCAGUGCUUUUCACAACCUCAGAGCAUUCAUUGGCUAGCAAAGUACUUGGGGAGUAUUUUUGAAAUGUAGUAAUUAUAAUAGCUUAGGCAGUGCAGCAGCCAAUUUAUAAGCAGCAGAGGGGUUGAUGACCAGAUGAUUUUUCUUUUUAAUAUCGGUUGAUGGAUGACUAUUAGCCAGCACAUUGUGGUUGGGGGAUCUCCCCUACUCUUCUUCAAAACCCACAUUGUGCUCCUGUCUAACAAUGAUCCAAGCUGUGCACCUAUCCAACCACAACUACCGACUGCUGUCCUGUCUAGCCACAACUCUAGACUGAUCUCCAAUCUAGCUGAGACUCCAGACUGCCUCUCCAAUCUAGCUGCAACUCCAAGCUACUGACCUCUCUAGCUAUGAUCCCAGGCUGUUCUUCAGUCAGUUACUUCAUAUUUCUCUCUGAUCUCACCACAAUCCAGACUGCUAUCCAAUCUAGUUGUGACCCUAGAUUGCUGCCCAGUCUAGCUGCAACUCUAUACUGCUGUUCGGUCUAACUGUGACCCCACACUGCUGUCCAAUCAAGCUGUGGUCCCAGACUGCUCAUCAGUCUAGCUGUGGCCCCAGACUGCUCAUCAGUCUAGCUGUGGCCCCAGACUGCUCAUCAGUCUAACUGUGACCCCACACUGCUGUCCAAUAUAGCUGUGACCCCAGGCUGCUCUUCAGUCUAGAUGUGACUCCAGAUUUCUCGCCAAUCUGGCUGUGACCCCAAACUGUCCUCCUAGGUAGCCAUGACUUCAUGCUGUAUUUCCAUCCAUCCAUGACGCCAAGCUGUGUUCCCAAUGAGCUGGGACCCAGACUGAAUUCCUGUCUAGCCUCAAACCUGGACUAUAUCGAUCUCCUACCUUGCUAAUGUCUCCACCAACAACAAAAUCGUGGAAAAUUACCUAUUAAUUUAUAAACCCGAAAUAUCAGAUUUCUGAUGCAAAGGGAAUAUUAGGGAGUUCAAUUUUCUUGGUGUCAUCAUGCUUUUUUGUGAUUUGUUUUAUUCAUCAUAGCAUCUUGUUUCAUUCCUGUAAUGUACCCAACUCAGGUAAAACAUUCCCAUCCCUUGUAUUCAUAAUCUUUACUCUUACACCCAUAAAAAUAUUACACAAACAACAUAAUAAGCAAAUUAAUCAAUGUGAAUAUUACUGGGAGGAGAGAGGAGGGAUGAGAAGGGAGAAGAGGAGAGUGAUCGUUCUGUGCAUUUCAUGUCAACUGGUUUUUAACUUUCUGUUGAAAAGCGAGGAAUUCUAUUGAUUUAAGUGACUGAGAUUGUGGUUUAUAAAUGCUUCCGUCUUCUUGUUGAAACUGAUACUUUGAUUGCUAACUCUGGGCAGUUUGCCUGCUCUUUAGAGAAAUGUGAUACUCUGAAAUAUCAUUAAUUAUUAUAUAUAAUGACUUGUAUUUACAUCAAGCUUUUAACGUAGCAAAAUGUAGCAAGGUUCUGGAUAGGAGCUCACCAAACGGAAGCUGAACUCUAAGCUCCAUAAGGAAUAAAUAGGAAGGUGAUUGAAUGCUUGCUGAAAGAGCUAUGUUUUUAAGGAAUAUCUCCAAGGAGGGAGCUGGUGAGAAUUUCAAGGUUAAAGUCUGAAGGACUGUAGGAGGUUACAGAGCUAGGGAGGGCAAAGCCAUGUAGGGAUUUGAACACAAUGGCGAAGAGUUUAAAGUUGAGACGUCGCUGGAUAGAGUGUAAUGUGAUAUCUCUGUUACAGAGAGGACUAUGGAUCUGCUUUUCAUUGUCUUAACACUGUCACCUGGGCUAACAGCGCAUAUUUUAAUAGGUAUCACCAUCCUUACACCUCCAAGUACCUAUCCACCUUGUGAGUUGUGACAGUGAACAUUGACAGGCUGUUUGAUUCCAGAGGGAUCAAUGCUGCUGAAGCUCAUUUUGACCCUCAUGCAUUAAUGCACAUUCAGUGACACCUAGUUUGGGUUCCUCCAGGGUGACUCAGCUCCUGAACUUUGUUCAAAAGUGGCCAAAAGAGCUGAUUUCCAGAGGUGAGGUGAGAG